GUAUGUUGUCGAAGCGGCGGUAGGGGAAAAGAGCCAAGAACCCAAAGUCGGUGGUUGAACAGCGGGAGGAACAAAUAACCAUGCCGAACCCGUGAAACCUGCACAUUUUGCAUCUCCACGCCGUGCAUCGUUCACCUCGCGGGCGCAGAGGCCGAUUGAGGGUGAUACCUCAUUGGCUGGUGUGACCCCCGCAGGCCCGCCACCUCCCAGGGUGGGCCCCCUUUGGCUGGACCUGCACUGACGGCUCUUGGGGACUUAAUGGCCGCCACCACCAUCUCCAGCUGAAGAGCUAAGCUCUGCUGUUUCCUCCUCCACCUCCUUAACGUCACUGUUCAUUGCUGUGUUGUGAACCGUGAUUCCCUCCAACCGAUUUGCUUUAGAGUACUAUGGCAAUGCAUGAUAUGAGUCGUGCCAAGGGUUUCCCCUGUAAAGAGUGUGAUAUGGUUUGCCCGAGUACUCCAAGUCUUCUAGAGCAUAUGAAAGCACAUUAUCAGCAAGAAGAGACCGGACGUUUUGAGUGUGAACAGUGUGGCCGAAUUUACAAGCACGCAGCUAGCUUAGCUAAUCAUAAAAAAUCUCACGAAGUGGGUUCAUUCCAGUGUCCUGUUUGUACGCGGACCCUGCCCAACGCAGUAGCUUUGAAGAACCACUUGCGUAUCCAUACAUUAUCCCCCAGUAGUGCACACACAGAAGAAGAAAGCGAAGAAGUACCUGAAGAAGCAGGCCACGACGAGAGGGACUACGGCCUCGCCCAAGACCUCUCGGACGGGUUUGGGCGCUCUCAUUUGAAUAAUAGUGGUAUGGGACAUAGUGUCCUACAAAGCCACGAGACAGACGACCACGGAAAAAAAGGCUCCCCUGAAUCCGACGACGCUUGGGACAGACCAUUCAAGUGUGAUCAGUGUGACAGAACCUACCGGCACCACGGUAGCCUGGUGAACCACAAGAAGUGUCACCAGCAAGGAACUUUUAAGUGCUCUGUGUGUUUUAAACAAUUUAGCAACCUGGCUGCCCUAAACAGUCACGAGAGAACUCACUCGAAGUUCAAGACCCCCGGGGCAUCCAUGGUGAGCAGCAGCAGUAGCAGCAGCAGCCUCCAUGACUCGGAGCGCAGCAGUGGCACCCAGUCGUCCCAGGGCGACGACACGGCUUCCUGUUUCUGCCACCUGUGCCAGGUAGCGCUGCCGAAUAAAACAGACUUCCAGGAGCACAUCCUGCUGCACAACACGGCCUCACCCUCCCUCGGACUGCCACGCAGUUUCCCAGGUAUCAUGCCUCACAAUCUGAGUGCGGUUCGAUCCCCAGCGUACACCCCCGCCCUGGGGGACCCUCUGCCUCUGCCACCCCUGCCCAGUGACAAAAGAGGUCCCUAUGAUCCCAUAAUGGGUCCUCCAGUCAACAAUCCCAUCUACACAUGUGCGUACUGUGGCGCAGGACACCCAGAUCUGGAGACCUUGAAAGUCCACUAUCUGACUCAUGAUCCCCACCCUGCCUCCCAUGGCCAGGACAGCUCCAUCCUCAACUCCGACACACUAAGCUCUGGAUCACAGGGCUCGGUGUCUUCUCCCUCCGGUGGCCGUGUGCCCCAGGCCAAUUCUCCAGAUGAUGGAGAGCGGCGCUUUAAGUGUGGGGAGUGCGGCAAAAGCUACCGGCAUGCAGGAAGCCUGGUCAACCACAAACGCUGCCAUCAGACAGGCCACUACCAGUGCACCAUCUGCUGUAAGCAGUACCCUCACUUGGCAGCGCUACACAGCCACCUACGAAGCCACAAGGGGCGUCACUCAAACCAGCCUAUUGGUAACGACAGCAAUGACUGGCUAUCUCCAGAGCCGCUAACUCUGGACUCCCAGCAGAGCUACGUCCAGGAAGGUAGUGGUGCCACCACUCCAAUCUCACUGCCAGGAAAUCUUGGUGAUGCUGCCCACUUUGUACCAGAUGGUGGCCACAGCAGUGGGUUGGACUCUCUUGAGUUCCACGAUCGCUUUGAUGGCAGCUCACUUUCCCAGAGUAACUCUGCUCACCGUCAGGCUGACAGACAUGUGUGUGCCGACUGCGGUGAGAUGUAUGGAGAUGUAUCUGGCAUCAAGUCGCACAUGUGUCCCCGCCGUGGCCAGCAGCAGCAGCCGCAACAGCAGCAGAGCACUAUGUCCAAUGGUUUUAUGGGGAACAUGAACUACCACAGCUCCAGUGGAACCUCCCUGCCUGCUGGAAGCUCCAGCAGCCUGAAAGAAGGCAGCAGCCAACGGCAAUACUCACAGAGUGGAGGCAAGAGAAUGGGGAGCAAUGACAAAGAUGACGAGGAUGAUGGAGAAGUGUAUCAGUGCUCGGUGUGCGGCAACCACUACGCCAGCCUCAGAGCCCUCAGGAGCCACCUGCGUAGCCAUGCCAAUAACCCAACAGGGGGAGGACCUUCCAACCUGGAGCAGGAGUGGAGGAUGAUCUGCUCCACCUGUGGCCAGAGCUUCUCCAGGAAGCAGGACCUCCUGAAUCACCAGUUAGUCCAUGGCCCCCAAAGGCCGGACAGCCAGCAACAGGGUAUUGGAGGCAGCUCAGCUAAUGGCAAUGACAAGAUGGAUGGACGCAACCACAUUUGUGUUGACUGUGGCAUGUUUUUUGCUGACCGCCACCACCUGAUCACCCACCUGUGCCCUGGUAAAAAUCGGGCCAGCUCACUGAGCAAGCAGGGCCUGAACGGAGCCAAAGGGAUGUCUGGAGGAGAUGGCGUUGGUGGUGGGGUUGCAGGAGGAAGCCGUGAUGUUGGUGGUGAUGGACGUAGGCCUAUGGUUGACCAAAGUGACAAGCCCCACAAGUGUGACCAAUGUGGACGAGGAUACAGACACCCCUGCUCACUCCUUAACCACAAGAAGUCCCAUAAGACGGGUGUUUUCCGCUGCUUGGUGUGCCAGAAACGUUACUACAAUCUGCUGGCUCUCAAGAAUCACCAAAGGACCCACUUUGAUCUAAAGAGGCACAAGUGUGAAGAAUGCGGCAAGGCUUUCAAGAUCCAAAAGCAGCUGAUCAACCACCUCCGUCUCCACGAGGAGCACCGGGCCAAAGGUCUUGUUCGAACUGGCCCCAACGGUUCGCGCUUUCAGCAGCCUGGUCCAUCUCAAAUGCAGACUAUGAGAGGGGAGUCAUCAAAGAGCCAGGUAAUGGGCGUGAAAUACAGCCAUCAAGGGUUCAAAAAGCCCUACUCUUCAGCCGGAACUUCCAGGCCCCAGAAGUUUGACCCAGCUGAAACUGGACGGCGGCCUUUUUCCUGUGAAGAAUGUGGAAAGACAUACCGUCAUGCAGGCAGCCUGGCCAAUCACAAGAACCUUCACAAAAUUGGGGAGUACCACUGCAAUGUUUGCAACUCUACAUACCCCAACAGGCUGGCAAUGAAAAACCACCUACGUCUCCACUUCGCCCAGAAGAAGCACAACUGCCAAGAGUGUGGCAAAGGCUUUCGCACCCAGAGGCAGCUAGCUACCCACACUACAGCUGGCCUGUGCAAAGGCCCGCAGGGCCCCGGGGCCCAGAUGGAUUUUGAGUGUGAUGGCUGCUGUGAAGGCUUUGCUACGGCUGAUGAGCUUGCAGCCCACGACUGCCCAGCCCAGCACCUCCCUUCGUCCUCCUCCACCAACAGCUCCACCAACAUCAGCAUGGAGAGAAGCUCUGUGGACCUGGACUCUGAUGAGAGACCCUACGCCUGUGACCUGUGCAGCUGCGCCUACAAACAUGCAAGCUCCUUGCUGAACCACAAGCACACCCACAAAACGGGAAACUUCCGGUGCAACUUCUGCGACAAGCCCUACACCAACUACAUGGCGCUACGCAACCACAUGCGCAUCCACACGCAGCGGAAGAAGCACAUCUGCCACACGUGUGGGAAAGCCUUCCGGCUGGCCAGGUUCCUCCGCAACCACCAGAAGGUCCAUGAGGAGGGUGCUACCCCCUUCGGAUGCCCCACCUGUGGGAAGAGUUUCCAGGGGAGAUCUGGUCUGGCCAGACACCGCUGCGGGGACAACCAGGUAGGCAUGGAAGUCAGGAGGAAGGCCACUGCACCCACGGGAGAGGGCGAAGAGUGUCGGUACACAUGUGAUCAAUGCGGCCGCUCCUACCGCCAUGCCAGCUCCCUCCUUAACCACAAGAACACCCACACUGUCGGCAUCUACCACUGCGCCGUGUGCCUCAAGACCUACUCCAACCUGCUUGCCCUGAAGAACCACCGCCGUAUCCACUCCGAGACACGGCGCCACCGUUGCCACGACUGUGGCAAGGCCUUCCGUGUUUCCUCCCAGCUCUACAACCACCGACGCGUCCACCAGAAGCAGCGGGAGCUGACCUGCCGGUCCUGCCAACGAACCUUUCCUACGCAUGCCAGCUUCAGGCUCCACAUGGAGAUCACCCAUGGCCAGGCACCGCAGCCCCGCCAGCCCAGACCCCAGCAGCCCCGACCGGGGGGCUCCCAGGAGCUGGGCUGGGGGUCAGGCCUAGACCUCACCUUGAUGCAAGAGCAAGGACUCGACCCCAGCAGCAUGACCAAAGCCCGCAGCCGUGGGGGCAACAGUGAGGUCAUCAAGUCCCAUGUCUGCGACCAGUGUGGGCGGUCUUACCGCCACGCCAGCUCCCUGCUCAACCACAAGAACAGCCACAAGACCGGGACCUACUUCUGCAACUCCUGCCAGAAGGAGUUCCCCAACCUGAUGUCCCUCAAGAACCACCGACGGAUCCACACCGAGCCCAAACGCUACCAGUGCCCCGACUGUGGCAAGUCGUUCCGGGUGUCCACCCAACUCAUCUGCCACCGCCGCAUCCACACCAAGGAGAAGCCGUUCUCCUGCCAGCAGUGUGACAAGCGCUUCUCCUCCAAGUCCAACCUGAGGCACCACAUGAAGGUGCACUGGAGCAACUCGACGGCGCCCCCUCCCAUGGCCAUGGGUGCGCCCAACUUCCUGGAUCUGAGUGUGGUGGGUUCGACCAGCAGCUCCCGGAGCUUCGUCUGCAGUCAGUGUGGUCGGUCUUACCGCCACGCCAGCUCCCUGCUCAACCACAAGAACAGCCACAAGACCGGGACCUACUUCUGCAACUCCUGCCAGAAGGAGUUCCCCAACCUGAUGUCCCUCAAGAACCACCGACGGAUCCACACCGAGCCCAAACGCUACCGGUGCCCCGACUGCGGCAAGUCCUUCCGGGUGUCCACAGCACUCGUCUGCCACCGCCGCAUCCACACCAAGGAGAAGCCGUUCUCCUGCCAGCAGUGUGACAAGCGCUUCUCGUCCCGUUCCAACCUGAGGCACCACAUGAAGGUGCACUGGAGGGGUCCGCCGCUGUCCAGGGGGACGUCAUCUGCCUUCCUCUCCGUCCCCUCCAGACCUUUCAUCUAAACGUCCAACCUCGCUGUUCUUUCUGCCUCAUGAGGUCCUGAAACAGUCCGAAGACCACAUCGUCUUGUGAGGAAAACUGCAUGGAGGUUUUGGUCUGUGGGUUCAGGUUUAAAUCUUAUAAGUGACUGAAUACCUGAUGGUGAAAUUUAACCUGAAUACUCAACGUAAAGUCCACCAAAUUUAUAUUACUGAGAUGUUUGAUCUGAAAACCAGUAGAGUUGCAGAAUCGUCCGAGUGUUGGUGUAUUAGCUCCUAUUUGUUCCUCUCGUGUAAUCAUUGUUUUUACACCUGUAGUCACCUGACUCCGCUACUUCCUGCUAGCUUACGCAUGCCCGGCAAAGGCUACAGGUAGCUAGCGAGUCUUGCUUUGCCUUUUGACAAGUCAGCCAUCGAGAUAAUGAGAACAUAUUUUAAUAACAGGUGUAAAUGCAAUGAAACAUAGAUUAGAUGUUAUUAUCCAGAUACAGAUCUCAUGUUAAGACCAGGUGGAGACGGGACCUUUGUAAAAAGUCUUCUCAGUAAGUUUUGCUAAACUUACUGAGUUUUGCUAAACUACUUUUUUUUUUGGUUUAGAUGAUUUUUGAAUAAAAACAGCAGUUUAUUUCAUCAAUGCAAAACUCUCAAAUGUAAAAACUGUGAUUACAUGAGACAGAAACUGGAGCUCGAGGUGCAAACGAUGAGCUUUGUUCAACCCGUCAAGAUGAAUUUCAGCACUGCAGCCAUGAUGUGUUCAGGUUCAGUGUUAGAGCAGAAUUCCUUUCAUCUGACAGACUGUAAGAGCAAACGGACACCAAGACUUCACAGUGUCAAAACUUUAACUUCUAACAAACUCUGAAGGAGAAGUGGAGGAACGAAGUGAAGACGAACAGACUUCCAGGAGGACGUCAACAUGGACGGAAACCAGGAGAUUUUGUGUUUUUUAUACUACAGAGGAUACAAACUGUAUGUUCCUCUUCUUUUCUUAACAUUCAAGACUUAUACCGUACAGACGUAAAGCAGAGAGAAAACUGAGAAAAUGUAGUUUUGUGGGCGUUUGGAUGCCUUCAGGUCAGCAAAAAACCUGUAAACUUAGCUGCGCCUACGGGAAUCAAACCCGUUAACUCUUGAACUACUCAAGUUCUCAUCUUCCUCUGAAGCAGUGUUAAGGUCAGAACCUGUGGAGGUGUUUAAUAACCUUUUUAAGUAUAUAGAAGGUGGACGGGCACACAGUGGGACAUUUAUGGACGAUCAGCGUUGCCGUUCUUCGCGGAGAGCUUUAGUUUCACAGGGUUUCAAACCUGCAGUGUGACGACGUGGCCUCAGUUCACGCAGCACUUCUUCAGUCUGACAGUUUUUAACUUCAGCAUCAACGUCAAACCAUCAACUAUGGAAGUCCAUUUAUGCCAUGUGAACAACAAAUCUACCCUAAUCUUUUUUUUUUUUUACUAUUAAGCGUUUUAGAAUCUCAUAAUUAUUUAAAAAAACGUUCCCGUAACUAUGACUUAGUGUCUCGUAAUUAUGAUAAAUAUAUAUAAAAUUAAUACAUUAUUCACAUUUUCUUCAAUUCAACAUUAUCACGUUUGUUUACAAGUUUAAUGUUUGUAGAGCAGGAAACUGCCUCCUGUAUGAAUUGCCUACUAAUUAUGACUAAUUAUCUCAUAAUUAUGAGAUACUGCAGGCCGACUUAGUUCUCAUAACUAUGAGGUAGUGUGUCGUAAUUAUGCAGUUUCUUUUAUUAUGAGAUAGUAUGUAAUGAUUAUUAGAAACUUUCUUAUAAUUAUUACAAACUUAAAAACUAAAUCAUAAUUAGUUUCUCAUUAUCAAAUUUAUGAGAUACAAUCUCAUUAUUUUGACUUAGUAUCUAAAACUAUAAUUACAAGAGUUUCUUAUUAUGAGAAAGUUUCUCAUCGUAGAUACUAUGUCAUAAUCAUGAGACGCUCAUUUUAAUUAUGAGAUACUAUGUCAUACAAUCUCACAAUUUGAAGAAACUUCCUAUUAUCUAUGAGAUCUAUUAAUCAUGAACAUUUCAUAAUUUGUAGAUACUAUAUCUCACAACUAUGAGAACGUUUCUCCAACUUAUGAGAGCGUAAGUCAUUAUUAUGAGAAAAAAUAACACUUAAUAAAAAAAAACAAACUUUAAGUUGGUGGAUUUUUUCUUCAAAUUGUGGAAAUGGACUUCUAUAACCAACUGAUCGAAAACCUGGGAUUCUUCACUGAAUGUGACAUUCUCACAGACUUGAUUCGUCGUGGAUUUCUUUCAUGGACAAAGCUGAUGUCGGGAGCCAUGUAGUUUUGUCUCUGAAGCAACUCACCAAAAACAGACUUCAGGUUCGUCAGACGGCAGCCUGUUGACCAGCAGCGUUCCUCAUCAGAAGAGUUUAUAACAUCACUGAUUCAUCCCUCCACCUUGUAUUUGUGCACUCAGUUGGUUUUUAGGGCACCUGUACUUUCUGACUCUGUGCCUGACAGCUCACAUAUAGAGAUAGUUAAAGGGUUGUGGUACAAACUAAAGAGAAGUAGAAUUUAUAAAAGUAAUGAUGUGAUGAUGAUAGUUUGUCUUCUGCUUUCACUUGGUCACAAUCUGCAACUGUUUUCACACAAAGGAAACACUUUCGUAAAAUGUAUCUAAAAUACUUCCAUGACUGGUGGCUUGUUGAAACGGUUCAGUGUGGUUUCUCCACUUCACGUCGAGUUUAUCAGAUGAAAUGAUAAAGAAUUGUCCUAAAAAUGACAAACAACUGCAGUUAUUGUGACGGCCAUUUUGUGCCCCUUCUUUCUCAUAACUUACUUAUGAGAAAAGAUUUCAUAAAAAUAACAAAACAAUCUCACAAUUACCACACCCUGAAAUUAUGAAAUAAUUUUCUCUUGUAUCAUAUUUACAAGAAAAAACAUUCUCGUAGAGACAGAUCUUGUAAUUAUGAACAUAUUUUCUUUAUUAUUAAAUACAGAUUUAUUAAUGAGAAAUUAAGUCAUGUGAAUAUUUUUGAACAUGAGAACAUUUUCUCUGAAUUAUCUUCUUUUCUCCUAAUUGUGAGAUCCAGAUCUCGUAAUUAGGAGAAAUUAAAGAUCUCAUAAUUACGAGAAUCCGAGAUUCGUAUCUUAUCGUAAUUAUCAGAAUGUUUUCGCUUGACUAUGUGAAAGUUUUCUUGUAACUAUGAGAACGUUUUUUGUAAUUGUAAGAUCUAUUUGUCACAAUUACAAAAUACUGUAUUUAGUAAUUAUGACAAUGCUUUCUCGUAAUUAUGAGAAAACUUUUUGCAAUUAUGAGAUCUGCAUCCCCAGAGAUCUAUGAGAAACAUAGUCGCAAUUCUUGUAUCAGAAUCAGAAUCAGAAUCAGAAAUCCUUUAUUGAUCCCCGUAGGGAAACUCUUUGUUCCAGUAGCUCGUCUUUACGUCAGUGCACACAGGAGAAAACGAUAUUAUACACUAUAAUAUCGUUUUCUCCUGUGUGCACUGACGUAAAGACGAGCUACUGGAACAAUAAUUCUCAUAAUUAUGAGAAUGAGAAAAUGUUUUCAUAAUUAUGAAGAAGACCAUAUCAUACGAGAUCCGUGUCUUGAUCUAGUAAUUAUGAGAUGAGUCACAAUUAGGAGAAAACGUCUCUAAUUAUUUUUAUCUUUGUUGAAUGCAUUAUGCUUACGUUCAUUCCUGACAGCCUCGACUUGGGGAUUUCCUGACGUGCGAUGACGUAAAAAGUUAUUUAGCUGGCAUGCUGUUAGAGCUGUAACACAAAACUCACGUGAAUUUAAAGAACAUUUUUCUCCAGGACACAAGCUUUGUUUAAUUAGAGAAAAUGUUGAAUUAGUUUUAGAUUUAUUUGUGUCAGUGUGCACGUGGUCCGAAUAAUCCUGAAAUGAAUUUCAGUUGGGGAUGCAAAAUGGCGCAGUAGAAAGCGACUUGUAGAAACAUAGCAGUAGACUCUUGGUGCUGUUCGGUUAGAUGAUGUAUUGUCAUUGUACCUCUGUAUUAUAACCUCUGUAUGACCUUUUAUAUACAAAACAAAUACUGUAGAAUACAUUUAUUUCUCUCUACUUGUGAUGAACUGAUGUUAGUGAGUGUCGACUGACAAGCAGCUCGUGAUGAGAAAUCGCAGGGCUCUCAGAAAGCCUCAGACAUCAACACAUCCCUGCCAUAAAACAGUAACACACUUCUUUUGAAAAAUCAUAAGCAGUUUUUUCUUCUUGGUGGUUCUUAUUGUCCUCUACAGUUUUUAAUAAAACAUUAAAUUCCUGGA